AGUGUGCAGUGCAAUGUGGCAGAGAGCAGCAGUUGGCAAUCUCCCAUGCGGCGGCGCGACGGCAGCAACACGUUCGUCGGCCUCGAGACGUUCAUCACGACGGGCGCUCAGGUCCGGUACGCGUGCCCCAAGUCCCACUGGCUGCGCAAGGCGCCGACGUGCAGCGGCUGCGACCAGCGCUUCCACCUCUUUCGGUGGCGCCACAACUGCCGCGUCUGCGGCGACAUGAUCUGCGGCGAGUGCAGCUGGACCGUGUACCUCGUCAACGCAAAGUCCAACGUCGGCCGCGCCUGCUACGCCUGCUCGCGCGCCUCGUCCGUCGCCGAGGCGCCGCGCAAGAGCACCAAGGUCGCCGAGCCGGUCGUGAAGCGCCCCACGUGCCCCAGCUUUCUCGACUCGCUGCGCGCGACCGAGUGGAUGGACAGCGAGAGGCCGCUGGGCAGCUACCGCGGCAAGUCGAGCGCGUGCGUCAUGUGCAAGAAGAGCUUUGUCGGCGGCGACGCCGUCGUGUCGCUGCCGUGCCAUGACGUGUUUCACAAGCACUGCAUUGGCGCGCACUUGGCGCUCCAUGACCAGUGCCCCACAUGCGCCCAUGCGCUGCCGCGGGACAUGGCCUACAUUCGCAGCUUCUUCACAUUCAAAGCACCGUACGUGCCGCCGCCAUGAACCUGGCACACGAGCGAGUCCAUGUCGUCCUCCUCUUGUCGAGUGUAUUUAAUCCCCGUCGAAACAACCUUGAUCCUUUG